AUGUGAGCGUUUAAACUCAUCCUUUCUUUAGUCGGUAAGGUUUUAAACGGUGGUUUAAUAUCUAUAAAACCACAGUAAACGUAACAGUAUAAAAUAGACCCAUUGACUGGAAACAUUUGUUCAGUAAAGGCUUUUGUUGAAGGUCUUUUCACGCCCCACUGUUCACCACGUGUGUUAUGUGAGACGUCCAGCUUUGACUGUAACAACGUAUGUGCCUGAGAGUCUGACCCACGUCUGUUCAAUGGCUACCUCAGGCCCCACCUCUUCUGCCUCCAUCACUGCCACUGUGCCGGAGGGUUUCCACUAUGAAACCAAGUACAUUGUGCUCAACUAUCUGGGAAUGCUGCCUGUUAAUAGAUCACAGGCACGCAACACAGUUCAAGGAGAUGCUCUGAUUGACAGCGAGAGUAGCACAUUGACAAAAGGCCAUGAAGAAGAGCUGAGACAACUGGAAGAUGAAAUCGCUGCCUCUUGUUCCACAUCAGGCUUCGACCGGCACACAUCGCUGGUGUUUAACCCGACCGUCCCAGAGACCUCCGUAGAGGACUGCCUCGCUGCCGUGGGAGACCGGGUGGCCGUAGACCUCGACACACACCUAGCAGCAGCCGUACACACACUCCUCGAAAGGCCUCUAGACUACGAAAGAUUUAGAGAUGCAACGCGGGAUCUCUCGACAUACACAGAGGGAGGCUGGAGCAAGGUGCUCGUCCCUUUUGUGCUGCUCCAGGCUCUACAGAGCGAGGGGGAGUCGCUGCAAACUCUCUCACAGCUGGGGAUGCGCUUCUUAGAGGAGGACGAAGCAGGCUACAUCAUGCAGCAGGGAGGAUGGGGUGAAGUAUUCAGCCUCGAGUCAGAGGACGAGCGAGGUGUGAUCCUCGCUGAAGACAUCAACGACAUUUACAUCUUCACCGGGGACCAGCACCCUGACCAUCUGAGCCCCCCCUCCUCGCUGCUCUGCACCGGAGAGAUCAGCAGCUGGCAGAGCUCGUGGCAGACGGAAAGCUUACCCGCGUCUCUGGCCGGCCACGAGUCCUGGGCACAGGUCAGCGCCAUGGACCCCGAAGAUGUGAAGAGCCUGGACAGCAACGAGGGCGCGGCGGCUCUGGCCGAGGAGCGCAGUGAGAACAACUCUUCGAACUCGGACAUUGUCCACGUGGAGCGCGAGGACGCCGAGCUGCUGGAGGAAGGCGGGGAUGUGGCAGCGAUAGACGAGAGCAUGAUGAGCAUCCUGGGCACGGAGAGCGACAUGGCCGAGCUCCGGGAAGAGUUCAGGGGCCAGAUCCCCCCCGUCACAGAGUUGGCCGACAGUGACUCCACGGCCCCAGCCUCCCUGCUCUCAUUAGAGGAGCCGGUUGUCACAGAGACACCUGCAAGCUUGUCCGCAGAGCCUUCCAUCAUCUCCUUAGAACCUGAUCUUCCUCCCCCCGUCACUGAAGCCCCCCCUCCCUCUGAGCCAGAAGCACCUUCAUCUGUUCCUGAGCCAGAACCAGAAGCUGCCCCACUGCCUGCUGAGGUGGCCCCCCCAUCUCCAGCCAAGGAAACCCCGUUAGCAGAAUCAGAGCCGGAGCCCGUCGCAGUGCCUCCCCAGACAGAGAUUGAGGCCCCGCCCGCUGAGCCCCUGGUCCUGGAGGAUGCAGUGGCCCCUGUAGAAGCCCCGGUGGAGGAAACCCCAGAGCAGCCAGAAGCAGAGCUCUCGCUGCUGCUGUACGGAGGCGCCGCGCUGGUGCUCGCUGCUGCCGUGGCCUACAGCUUCAUCAGCUUCAGGAGGAAGUAGUACAUCUCAGGGGAGGAGAAUGAAAUUACAAGAUAAGGAAAAAUAAAUGUAUUGGUACACACAUGGUGGGACUCUUCUUGCCAAGUGGUUUUUUGAAGGUUUAAAAUCUGUGAAAAUGACCCCCAGCAACAAAAGAAAACAUCUCAUCUGCAACCGUACUACUGGGAGUCCUGCUCCACAAACACAGCAGGAGGAAACGAUGCACUCCACUGUUCUCCUAUUUCUUUUGUCUCUCUUUAUUCCUUUUUGGUUAUCUUCCAACUGUGUGUUGAAAUUCUCCAGCUUUUUAUAGCCACAGAUUGGAAAGUUUGUGAACUUUGAUCCCUCUUCUGCUAGUUUCUGUUUCUGUUUAGUCUGUGGCUCUUUCCUUGGAACCACUUGAGCCAGUGUACCUACUGAAAAUCCACUGACAUUUCCGGUUUUUCUGUGGGACUAAAGGUUUUCCGGCUUUCUCCCUUUCUAUGCAACAAAACAGCACUUACUAAUAUCUCCCCCCAUUGUCUGAUUAUGAUUCUUUCUCUCAUUCACACAUAACAAAUGCAUGACCUAUGGAGGAAACCAGUUAUUUGAUUUUACUUGUCGGUUUCACACACAGAACAGGCGCAUUAGGUUACAACUAUUGUUCCUCUUUACAUUCUGCAUGUGUAUGACUUCACAGCAGGUUUUAAUUUGUGUGUAUUCAAACAUUAAACAUUUUUGCCCUAGAAUUGAUGAACGUAUGUAACUGAUAAAUCCAGCCUGUUCCGCCGUCAUUCUUUUGCCAUCAUUGGUAUGCAAAUUUGAAUAUAGUGUGAAGAUCCAAAAAAAAACUUGAAAUAGCAAGUAAUCUUAGUUAUUGUAUUUCUACAGUAAGGGGUCAUCUAGUACUUUCUAAAGAUACCCCAGUCCUCGUGUGAACUGCACCUCAUUCUGUUAGCAUUCGC